GGGGCGGGAUCCAGCCCCCCUGGACCGGCAGGGGCUUUAUUCUAGAGUCACUGACGCGUGGCUGCGCUUUUCUUUCCCGUUUGUAGGUGAAACGCCAGUGGCUUCAUUGGCUCCUUGAUUUAAACCACGCCCGGCUUUCUGCCCGCUUUGCUGCUGCUGGGCCAGGCGGCCCAGCUACAUCCCAGCCCCGUGCGCGGGGAGCCAGUGCUGCUAUUGUGUGGAUGCCGCGCGUGUCAUCUCUUCUCUUGCAGAGAUGGCUAACAGGGGCCCGAGCUACGGCUUAAGCCGUGAAGUGCAGGAGAAGAUCGAGCAGAAGUAUGACGCGGACCUGGAGAACAAGCUGGUGGACUGGAUCAUCUUGCAGUGCGCCGAGGACAUUGAGCAUCCGCCCCCCGGCAGGGCCCAUUUUCAGCAAUGGUUAAUGGACGGGACGGUCUUGUGCAAGCUAAUAAACAGUUUAUAUCCACCUGGACAAGAGCCAAUUGCCAAGAUCUCAGAGUCCAAGAUGGCUUUUAAGCAGAUGGAGCAAAUCUCCCAGUUCCUGAAAGCUGCAGAGAUCUAUGGCGUCAGGACCACUGAUAUUUUUCAGACAGUGGAUUUAUGGGAAGGAAAGGACAUGGCAGCUGUGCAGAGGACCCUGAUGGCUCUUGGCAGCGUUGCAGUCACCAAGGAUGAUGGCUGCUACCGGGGAGAGCCUUCCUGGUUUCACAGGAAAGCCCAGCAGAAUCGGAGAGGAUUUUCAGAGGAGCAGCUUCGCCAGGGACAGAAUGUGAUCGGCCUGCAGAUGGGCAGCAACAAGGGCGCUUCCCAGGCGGGCAUGACUGGGUACGGGAUGCCCAGGCAGAUCAUGUAGGACGCCGCACCCCACCUGCAGUAGAGAAGACAAACGUUCCACACCACGGUCUCUAUGACAAAGAAAUAGUUAGUCACCUUCUGACCUUCUCUUUCUCAAAGCCUCUUGUCCCUGGUUUUUGCAAGUGCUGCGGUUCUGCUGAGAAUCCACGUUGCCUCUGCUGCCACCUUCUGUUCGUUUAGAACUAUGCAAAGACUCCGCUUCCUCUUCCUCAGCACCCUUCUUUGCCCUAAAGUCUGUUUGUCUGAUUAUUUAUUUAUUUAUUGGCCAAAAAUGUCCCUCUUCAACUUAUAGAACGCACAGAAUAAACAAAUUAGUCUUGUGUC